UUCUCACCGUAAACAUUUUUUCUUUCACUUUAAAAAAUUAAAAUCAAAUAAAUGGAUGGAUCAAAAAUUUGAUAUAUGAAUACGACAAUGACCCAUUUCCAAAAAACAGAAUACGACAAUGACACUGUGUAUUGGCCCAUCGGCCCAAUCUCACCUUUUGCGAGGGUUCUAGUUCUACUGCCACCGUCGAAUUCCGCACAACCACCACCAGCCGCCAGCUCCAAAUCACCUUAGAUCAAUAUGCAAAGCUUAAGAGAUUCUAUGCUCAGGCAUCUAAGGACUACACUAUCUACAAGACAACUUAUCUUAACCAAAAGUGUCAUCAAUCGACAACUUUGCACAUCCACCCACACCCACUCCAAUCAUGAUCAGGUAAUCGCUCGAGUGAUUGGGCUCGUAAAGAAAUUUGACAAGAUCGAUACCACUAAGGUUACUGGAUUAGCUGAUUUUCAGAAAGAUUUGAGUCUUGACAGCUUGGACAGGGUAGAGCUUGUCAUGGCUUUCGAGCAAGAAUUCUCCAUUGAAAUCCCGGAUGAAGAAGCAGAUAAACUCAAAUGCUGUGCUGACGUUGCCCAAUACAUCAUUUCAGCCCCUAAACAGGAUUCUUGAUCAAUUGUUUCUCACAUUUGUUUAUGACUUGUUGAUUAUACUGUUUAAAACCUUCAACAAGGUGGUGUUUUUGUGUACAAAAUAUCUUAAAGUAUGUAUGUUUGAUAACCCAUUGUACGUAUUUCGUUUUCACUUAUUAUGAGAAAUGAGAAAUAGGGUAUACGCCACCUUAAACCGCA